AUGCUCGGCUUCGAGGUGUGCGCGCUAUUGAGCAUUGUGCGUUUGGCGCGCAUUAUCACCAACGCGCCAAAAAUCGGCGAAAUUUGGGUGCAAUUGUGCGCCUAUAUGGUGGCGCAAACAGUAAGGAGUCUAACGGAAAGAACCGUCAACGAAACGCUGGAGGACGCCGUGAUCGACAUUGGGCACAUCGCCUUCAUCGAAUGUCUCGUAAUGGUAGUCGGACAAUGGGCGGCCGCCGAAAAUAUGCUCGUCUGGAUGGGCUACACCAACGCGAAAUGGCAACCGGCGGCCGCUGACGAUCUCUUCGAUGGUUUCGAGUUUGACGGAGAUGAGUACGAGGUGGAGAGCAUCAAUGACGAGCACGAGGAAUUGUCGGGCGACGAGCAAGAGUUCGAGUGGAUCUAA